CGAACUGACCUACAGUAGCUGGUCAGUGGCUGGCUAACGGGAUUCGCAGGACAGGAGUCGAAAAGGAAGGAGGAAGAAUUUAGGGAGUUGCAGACUAGCUAGCCAGCCAGCUAGCUGGGGCUACACGUACUGUGCGAAUGCAAAGUGAAUUCCUGAGCUAGCUUUUUAUCUUCUGACAAUUCUUGUGUUCAACAGUAAAAAAUAAAUGUGGUAGUUAUCCUUGCGCGAUAUUAUUUCUCUACCAGAAUACAGUUUUUGAGCAUUUAUUUGUUAGCACCAACUAGUCACACACUACGUGCUAGCAGUCACCGUGCAACAAGUCUUGUCCUGCUAGAGUUAAGGGUCUUUCUGAGUUGCACUUUUGUGCUUGAUAGCCAGCUUGCUAGGCUCGGUUUUGGGUAGGCCAUAGAUAGUGGGAUUGAGUCAUUUUAUUGCUAUCUCUUUUUUUUAACUCAGUUUUCUAUGUGGAAAACAGCAGGCGAGAAUCUCCUAUGGCUACAUAUGUGAUUGAGAGUGGGGUGGUGCUGAAGAGUGCUGGCGAAAGGAGUCUGAACAACAAUAGCAGCGAAGUGCUAGACACGGAUUGUAAGACUUAUGAGACACUGGAAAGUAACGUUAGGGAGAUUAAGAGUCCUUCAUCUUUUGGAGUAUGUGGAGAAGAGUGUGAGGACGAAGCACUAGACGACCUGCAAGACAGCAAGUUUACUUUUACUUUGGAAAAUGGCGAAGAGGCAGCGCCGUGGAGUCCAACCCAAACAGGAGGUCCACUUCAGGAAACGGCAACUUUAGACAAUAGACAAAAACAAGAAGCGCAGCGAAGCUCUACUCCCGUCAGUCUUCCCCAGCAAAGCCCAGCGUCUGCACACAACGGAAGUCUGGAGCGUCAGGAAUCCGUGGCAACGACAGAGGCUCGUUUGAGAAUGGAAGGGGUGGAGCUGAAAGAGGAAUGGCAGGAUGAGGAUUUCCCCAGGCCAUUACCUGAAGAGGAGGAAGAGGACAUUCAUCUUGAUGAUGAUCUCUUCACUGGCACAUCUGGAGAAGAACAGCCUGGUGCAGGCUAUGCUGCGAACAGUGGUAAGAAGACCAAGAAGAAACUGGCUGCUCCAGACAUUAGCCUAACACUAGACCGCAGUGAGGGCUCUCUUCUCUCAGACGAACUGGACGAGAGCACUGAGCUGGACCUGGAUGACAUAGACACACCCUCAGAUAACAGCAAUGAGUUUGAAUGGGAAGAUGACCUGCCCAAGCCCAAGGCCACAGAGCUGCUGCGUAAAGGUGUGGAGUCGGUCCAGGAGUACUCUGCCUCAGAGGAGAGGGAUGAGGGCCGGCGCUGGAGGGUGUUCCGCAUUGGGGAGCAGGAGCACCGCGUGGACAUGAAGGCCAUUGAGCCCUACAAGAGAGUCAUCAGCCACGGAGGUUACUAUGGAGAUGGGUUGAAUGCCAUCAUUGUGUUUGCUGUGUGCUUUAUGCCUGAAAGCAAUCAACCAAACUACAGAUACAUCAUGGACAAUCUCUUCAAGUAUGUUAUUGGAACACUGGAGCUGCUGGUGGCUGAGAACUACAUGAUUGUGUAUUUGAACGGGGCCACGUCUCGGAGGAAGAUGCCCGGUGUCGGCUGGCUCAGAAAGUGCUAUCAACAGGUUGACAGGAGGUUAAGAAAAAAUCUAAAGUCUUUGAUCAUUGUCCACCCAUCCUGGUUCAUACGAACUCUCCUGGCCAUUACUAAGCCUUUUAUAAGCUCCAAGUUUACCCAGAAGAUCAAGUAUGUUUUCAGCCUUACUGACCUGGCUGUGCUGGUCCCCAUGGAGUAUGUGUCUAUACCAGAGUGCAUCAAACAGUUUGACGACGAAAAAAAUAGGAAAAGCCAUAAAAGGUUUUGAAUUGAAGUGGUCGGUUGGACUGAUCAGGACAUGCAUGGCAGAGUGGAGAUGGCUGCUGCCGCACUUCCUGAGUGAGAGCCGUAGCACUGCCAGGCCAGGACGGAGGAACACACAGACAAAAACAUGGAUAGAAACACAGUGACUUGUGUCCUGUGUGCUGCGACUGAAGUCUAGCUCUUUGUGUCAGAGUGCCUUUUUGUGACUAUGCUGCCUGUUACAUUAUGGAACUUAUCUGUCAGCUGUGUUAGUGUGCCAUUUGCCCGAUAUCUGGUUGUUCUCUCACUGCUCUCUUUCAGAUGUUUUUAUAAUCUCUUGUAUAUCAAGCCAAACAUAGAUAUAUUUUGAUGUUGUCUCAGUUGCUGUUGCCAUGUAUUUAAGGCACUCUGUUUCAAAUGGUUGAUGCAUGUUCUUCAUUACAUUUAAAUAUAUAUUUAUAUUCAAAAGGUGAUAAAGGACAGAGAUUAAUAUAUUUUUUAUGUUUGAUUUGAAUUUGAACCAUAUUUUACGUUAUUAGACAACUGUUGCAUGGCAUUGCUUAGAGCAGGUUUAAUUGAACACUCAUAGAACAUACUUUACUGCUGCAAGAAUCCCACCUGAAAUAGUUUUAUCUGAGUGUCGUGGGUGGGUGCCAUUUAAUAGUGAGAGUGUAUGUGAAACCUGAACCAAUCAUAAAGAAGUAGUGACACGAAUAAGGAUAAAUCUCUUUGAAUUCUGUAGUAUGUUGAUUGAGUAUUUUAGAGUGGAUACUGUACAUUUCUGAACCCAAUUGUAUGCUUUUAUUUAUUAGAAAUGACUGCUUAUCAAAAAUAAUUUUGAUAGAAUGUGUUUUACAGUAGGAUGCAUGCAUUACACAGUAGCUGCUAUUCAUGUAAAAAUGAAUAAACAUUAAAGGCCUGUACUGUACAAGGAAUUGCUUACAUAAAACUGGAUUUAUGUAAGACUCAUAUGAAUGUAACUACACAGCAGUUAUUUUUCGAUGGUGGCUGUGCAUAUAAUGUUUUGGAUGUUUGGUAUCAGCAGACAGUCAAUGCUGAAAUAAAAUAAUCUUGAACAGGGAAGAAAAAGUC